GACUCAACGUAACUUGGCGCAAAUUGGGAGGGAGUUGGAAGACAUUGAGACGUUCUUAUACAUCGAAAACAUAGUCCUCCCGUGUAGAACUGGUUUUAAACGAGUGACGACUCUUCGUACCACUAGUUUGCUUGGUAAGCUGUCAGAGUGAGCAUCGUCACGUUAUUAUAGUCACUUGCCGCUACGCUCCGUGAAUACGCCACGAUGGAUUACCUACCGAUCGCUUUUUCGCUGGUAGCGGUGCUCGUUACCUUUUAUUACUUUAUUACGAGGAAUCACAAUUUUUUCAAGAAGCAUGGCAUCCUGCACGUUCCGCCGACGCCGCUGUUUGGAAACAUGGGACCGUUCGCCAGACGACAAAUGACCAUGCCGGACUUGCUUGCCAAGACUUAUCAACUGGAUCCCAAAGCGAAAUACGUCGGUUUCUAUGAAUUUUUCACGCCGCUAAUCAUGCUACGCGAUCUCGAUCUGAUCAAGGCCGUUACCAUGAAGAAUGUCGAACAAUUUCCAGAUCAUCGUCCGCUGGUGAACAAAAAAGUAGAUCCCAUGCUAGCGGGAAUGCUAUUCAUGUUGAACGGUGACCAGUGGAAGGAUCAGAGGAACAUGCUAUCACCGACGUUCACCUCCAGCAAGAUAAAAACCAUGUACAAACUGAUGUCAGAAUGCGCGAUCAGAUUCGCCGAACAUUUGUCGAAUUUGCCGGAGGAGCAGCACGAAACGGAUAUGAAGGGUCUGUUAACGAAAUACACGAACGAUGUGAUUGCUAGCUGCGUCUACAGCGUGUCCAUCGACUCAGUCAAGGAACCGAACAACGUGUUCUACGUGUACGGUAGAAUAAGCACGUCGUUGGCAACGUUCAAGAAGUCCCUGAUACUCUUGGUAAACAGAAACGCUCCGUGGUUAGCUGAGCUGCUGCAACUCAAGAUCGUGGAUAGUCACAUUGCCAAAUUUUUCUACGACCAAGUAGCAGAUACGGUGGAGACCAGGCAACGGACCGGCGCUCGCAGGCCGGACAUUCUGCAGCUGUUCAUGGACAAUAACAAGAAAAGAGAGCCGGAAAAACAGAUGACCGUGCAAGAUAUGGCGAAUCACGCGUACAGUUUCUUCUUUGGCGGUUUCGACACGGUCGCGUCGCAAACCUGCAUAGUGGCGCACUUGUUGGCCGAGAAUCCGGAUGUUCAGGAAAGGCUGCAGCAGGAGAUUGACGAGACGUUGGAAAAUAACAACGGAGAGCUGACCUACGACGCGAUGCAUGAGAUGAAGUAUCUGGACGCGGUGAUCAACGAAACCUUACGACUUUAUCCGAUCGCCACGUUCAUAGACAGAAUGUGCGCCAAAGAUUUCGAACUACCGCCGGCCCGACCCGGUGACAAACCGUUCACCAUCAAGGCAGGGAUGAACAUCUGGAUUCCCGUAAGUGCGAUCCACCAGGACCCGAAGUAUUACGAGAAUCCCUUGAAAUUCGACCCGGAUAGAUUCUACGAAAACAAAACGGUCACUAAUUCGGCAGCGUACAUGCCGUUCGGUCUUGGGCCGAGGAUGUGCAUCGGCAACCGAUUCGCGCUGACGAAGAUGAAAGUGUUGCUCUGUCACGUUCUCGCCAAGUGCAGCAUCAAGCUCGCGUCGAGAACAAUCACGCCGUUGCAGUUCGAAAAAGGCGUGUUUAACCUCACCGGGAAAAACGGUUUCUGGUUGGCCAUCGAGCCGAGAAAGAGUUCUUAUUGUUUCUCUACCGUUUCCGCCAGUGCUGUUCCCUGCAAUUGAACGUAAACGAAAAUAUUACCUAUAUUAUGUUAAUGUUAGAUGUUUGAUUGCAUAUGCGAGUUCAACAUGGGUAAAUAAAGAUUUUGUUGCAAUUUUGUCCUUCCCAUCGUCGAAUCACUAACGUUGUAACGUACUUGAUAAAAAUUCGUUCAUUGGCGUGAAACAGUUUCCAUAUCUUGCUUUUCCGUUGAAAAUCGGAAAUUGUCGAUACGAUACGAGCGGAUACUUUAAUGGAACGACCGUUUGACUCGAACUUGUCUCUAUUUGUAAAAUUCGGCUCUCAAUUUAUUGUUAAUAGGAAAAAUAAUGAGAAAUCGCAUCUAUUUUCUAUGGGCGAUUAUAUUGCUUUCAUUCCUCCUUCAGCACUUCAAAUUGCUGCGUUAUUAUAUAGAGAAAUUAUCCGGUAUCUCUGAAGAUUAGAUGUAAUGAAAAUAGCCUCUGUUAUCUUUCGUCCACAAAUCAAAGUAUUUACUGUCUAUCUACAGAGCGUGUUAAUUUACGUGUUGUAAUAACGGAACCUUUCUGCUAUAAUUUUAUUAUAACACUCAGCGCUUCGGCUAAUGUUAUUAAAAAAUUUAAUUCGAUUCAGUACCGUGUAUAUAUUUUUUCCAUACAAUUUCCUUGUUUGCGACAUUAGCAAACGAACAUAGUUAGUCGUAACAUUUUUGUUUUUCUUUUUUUUUACAAACUCUUUGUUAAAUAUUUAGCAAUUUAGCAAAGAUUUAACAGAGUUACGAGAAAUAUUUCCGGUUUAAAGAGAAAGAUACUCGUUUAAUCGUUCGUGCGAGUAAUAUUACGAGAUGACAAUGAAGGAGCUAGGUAAUUUUUUUAUAUAUAUAUUUCUAUAACAUCCGUAUUAAGAUAAAAGUGUUAUGUCACUUAGAUUAAUCACGAUCUGUUGUGUAAAAAUAUAAAAUAUCAAAGAAAAACCAUUAGGAAAAUAAUCUCGAGAGAAAGAUGAAGAUAUUAUUUUUCUGAGAUAAUGACUUGCUGAUUACUUGUGUCUGAGAUUAAGUUAUAAUUUGUAGUAUAAGCGGUAGUCAGCACAGCGAUAAUGAUAUUACACACACAUACAUUUAUAAAUAUGUAUGUAGAUAAAUGGAACUAUCAAAGGUAUUUUGCGUUUCAACGGAUGAAUCAAUUCUAUAAUCAUCAAUCAAGGUAAUUUGUUUCGAUUGCAAUUUCUCUGUUGCACAAUACAGGAUGAUUCGUAACUGAUGGUACAAUCGAGUACAAGGUCAUUCUACAAUAAGAGAAAA